AGCUGCUGUGGUCACGGUGUCUUCACAGAAAUGGAAACCCUAACUAAGAUGCACAGUAAACCUCAGGUUCUAGACAUCAAGACUCUGUCUACUUCCUGAGUGUAAGCUCCUGUGUUAACCACCGAACGCAGCAUCAUUAGACCCGGACUUGUCUUGACAUGUGGUUAAGCUCGAGACAAAAUGGCUGAGAGGAUAAUUAAUGCCUAAAACUAGAUUAAUUUGGUAGAUUGAUUUGCCACUUCAUUUUAUUUUACACUGAUUCAUUCACAAAUGGAAACCAGCAAUUAGACAAUGCAAGCUUUUGAACCAUGGGAAGAAAGGUUCGGGAAUACGAGAGAACACAAGUGAAGCAUUUUCCAGUCCAUUUGAAUGGCUUUCAUUUCACAUGAGUACACGAGUGUCUUUAGCGGUGCGUUCAAAGUACCAAACGUCGGGUUUUAACACGCCCCACCUGGGAGAGCUGUCUCUCCUGCUUGUUCUUGUCUGUGUGACACAGACCUUGAAAACAGGGACAGGAUCUCCCUCAACACCCACUACCCCUUGCCGUUGACUCUCAGGUGAGCUGAGCAUGGGUUCUUCUGGGCGUCCACCUCAGGGAUGUAGGAACCAGAUACAAUCUGCUGCUCAGCCUUCCUGUAUCUCUGUCCUUUGGCAGAAGUCAGGGUAAAGGUUUUGUUUCUCCCAGAAUCAAUAGCUUUGGGGGGGGGGGACUGGAUGAGUUUCCUCUGCUUUCUUCUCUCCAUCUACUGCUCCACACACUUUCCAAGCUCAGCGUCUCUGCUGCCUCUGAUUGGGCUUUCCACCAGCUCAGUAUGUCCACACCCUUCCAAAGUCACUUUCUCCACUUAGCCUGGAGACAGGAAGAGUCAGAGACUCCUUUUAUUAUCUUUGCAUACAGUGUCGAUAUCUGGAUCUGGAGGGAACCUUGGCACCAGAGCUGUCUUUCCCAUUGGUGAGCAGGAAAGCAAAUGAAACAAAAAUAUGGAUGAGCAAAGCCCAGGAAGCCAGAGAGGGGCUUCUGGGUAAUUACACAUGAGCAAAUGUUCAGGUCAUGGGUAGCUAAGAAAUAGAGAACCUGAAGCAGGUGGUGAAGUUGGAGACAAAGGACUCAAGGCAAGACCCCAGGGCUCCCAGCACUGUGCUGAGCGCCAGGUUUUAUCCUUCAAAGACCUAGAGAGAGAUUCAGUAUGAGGCCAGGUGGGCAGGGUCUGGAGAGGUGGCCAGGUGGGCAGGGUCUGGAGAGGAGGCCAGGUGGGCAGGGUCUGGAGAGGAGGCCAGGUGGGUUGGGUCUGGAGAGGACUCAAGGCCAAUUAGGGACUUCUUGGGUUAGAUGAGAGAUUAAAGGGCCCAAAAGAAAAGCAUUUGGAAAAUGUUAUAAUUGCCAGCCAAGGUAAUUAAUGAGUGUUUGCUAAAUGAGUAAAUGAAUACAUAAGGUGAGAGUAGAUGUCAGAGACAAGGUUAGCAAAACGGGCCUUACAGAGGCCGCUGUUGACUCGUGUGACAGGAUUUGUCCUCCUGGAUGGGAGUAGGAAAAGAAAUAGUCUACUACUAAAACUGGGAAUCCUCAAGUUUAUGAUGAAGGUCUCUGUGAAGAGGCCUUAUGUAUGAAAUUAGAGCACUGAGAGAAGCUGGGAUGGGUGGAGCAAUCAAGAAUGAAAAGUAGUAGAGAGUGAUGUCAUUUGUUCAGGUAGAUGGUGAUGCCAGCUAUUCAGGUAGACAGUGAUGUCAUUCAGAAGGUGACAUCAGUUAUUCAAAUAAAGAGUGAUGUCAGUUAUUCAGAUAGUGAUGUCAGCUAUUCAGACAGUGAUGUUAGUUAUUCAGAUAGUGAUGUCAGUUGUUUAGACAGUGAUAGUGAUGUCAGUUAUUCAGAUAGUGAUGUCAGUUAUUCAGAUAGUGAUGUCAGCUAUUCAGAUAGUGAUGUCAGCUAUUCAGAUAGUGAUGUCAGCUAUUCAGAUAGUGAUGUCAGCUAUUCAGAUAGUGAUGUCAGUUAUUCAGAUAGUGAUGUCAGUUAUUCAGAUGGUGAUGUCAGCUAUUCAGAUAGUGAUGUCAGCUAUUCAGACAGUGAUGUCAGUUAUUCAGACAGUGAUGUCAGCUAUUCAGACAGUGAUGUCAGCUAUUCAGAUAGUGAUGUCAGUUAUUCAGACAGUGAUGUCAGCUAUUCAGAUAGUGAUGUCAGUUAUUCAGAUAGUGAUGUCAGCUAUUCAGAUAGUGAUGUCAGCUAUUCAGAUAGUGAUGUCAGCUAUUCAGACAGUGAUGUUAGUUAUUCAGAUAGUGAUGUCAGUUAUUCAGAUAGUGAUGUCAGUUAUUCAGUGAUAUCAGUUGUUCAGAUAGUGAUGUCAGUUAUUCAGAUAGUGAUGUCAGUUAUUCAGAUAGUGAUGUCAGCUAUUCAGAUAGUGAUGUCAGCUAUUCAGAUAGUGAUGUCAGCUAUUCAGACAGUGAUGUCAGCUAUUCAGAUAGUGAUGUCAGCUAUUCAGAUAGUGAUGUCAGCUAUUCAGACAGUGAUGUCAGCUAUUCAGAUAGUGAUGUCAGUUAUUCAGAUAGUGAUGUCAGCUAUUCAGAUAGUGAUGUCAGCUAUUCAGACAGUGAUGUUAGUUAUUCAGAUAGUGAUGUCAGUUGUUCAGACAGUGAUAGUGAUGUCAGCUAUUCAGAUAGUGAUGUCAGUUAUUCAGAUAGUGAUGUCAGCUAUUCAGAUAGUGAUGUCAGCUAUUCAGAUAGUGAUGUCAGUUAUUCAGAUAGUGAUGUCAGCUAUUCAGAUAGUGAUGUCAGUUGUUCAGAUAGUGAUGUCAGUUGUUCAGAUAGUGAUGUCAGCUAUUCAGACAGUGAUGUUAGUUAUUCAGAUAGUGAUGUCAGUUGUUCAGACAGUGAUAGUGAUGUCAGCUAUUCAGAUAGUGAUGUCAGUUAUUCAGAGGGAAGCACAGAGGGACACUGGAUUUAGCAUAGAGAGGUUCCAGACCUCUGUCUGUCAUUUUUUUUCCUUUUAUCCCUCCCUCUUUGGGAUAGUCCAUCCAUUCAUCUAUCUAUCUCUUAUUGCAUCUACCUAUUGAUUAUCUAGUAUUUUUUGCUUAGCCAUCAGCUUCUCCCCGUUCAUAUAUCCAUGUAUUCCAUCUGCCCAACUGGUCUGUAUUUAUGGUGAGAGAAUAAAAACUUGGAAUCCCAUACAUAAUGUAGAGAAGGAGGCCAACAUACAUUUUACAUCAGGACACAGUAGUCUCUGGGCGGGGGCCCAUGAAGUGCUUUAGGAGAAUAGAGAUAAGAACAGCCAACUUAAUAAGGCUUCCUGGAUAAGCCGCCUUGUCAAGUAGAUCAGGGGAUGAGUUGCGUGGAAGAGAACAGUGUGGUAGCCUAGGGCUACACUGAGAAAGGCAUACGAAGUAAAGCACAACCCAGCCCUGAGUGUUAAUAAGGACCAUCACUGGACUGCAUGCUUCAAUGCUGGGACCUCACUAACAUGGCCGCACUAAUGGGACCUCUGGUCAUACCAGCAGCCUUACAGUGGAUGGCCAAGAGAACAACCAGAAGCACACAGUUCCUCUAUACAGGAUAUGGAGUCAACGCCAGCUUACUAAUUCUAAAUCCUCAUGUCUGUCACUAGCUGCAAAGGAUUCUUUGUUCUGACACAAAUACAAUUUUCCCACACUGUUCAGCCUUCCUACCUUUAGUUACAGACAGACAGACAGACAGACAGACAGACAGACUGACUGAUGGUCCUGAGUCCAGACACUUUGCAUGGCUCAGUAACUAAGACUUUCUAUCGUGCUUAGGACAUAAUGACCAUCAGAGCACCGUUUGAAAAGUAAACAUGGCUUCCCAGCUAACACAUGCUUAUUAAGUUUAGCUUUAUCUUAUUUCCUCCGAGUACUCUGCUUGUUACAGAGUGGAUACUUGGUGACAGCUUAUUGCCUCUGAAAGAGUUGUUUCCACAAAUAGGAAAAAAUCCACCCUCCAAGACCACACUGAUCUUUUAAUGAUUACUAUUAACCCCCAUUUACAUGGGGUACACUCACUGAGGGUGUGUGACAGCCUGGGCCCUGGACAUAUUGGCCACAUGUCUUUCUUCCAGAUAUUCAGUCUCGUCCUGUGUGAUCCUUAAAUCCCACUGCACUGUUAUGGAAGUUCGAUAGCUUGACUCUUCGCCAAAAGCAGUGUACAUCAGGAACCUUGGUCGCGCAUCCUAUGGUCUAGUUGAAGUCUUUGUUGUCACACGCUGACACCAGCUCUAAAUAAUCCAUGUUUCCGUCCUUCUCCUGGGACAUACCUAAUAGAUUUGCCUUCUUAACCCUCCUGCCCCAAGGCUACUCCAUUCACUACAGAAGAGUUCUGUGCUAAGUGGAUAACAUCUUAGUGCAGGGCUAGGCAGUGGUAUGUUGGGGACAGGACCUAAGGAUCUUUCCUGGGAGUACUGAAGGAAGAGGAUACGGAUCACAAGGUCUCUGGAUCCAUGGAUUUCUGACUGCCUUGUCUAAAGCUGUGGACAGCAGAGGGAGGCCACAUCUGAUCUUCUAUGCUGCUCCAGUAGAGCGGAUUUCUUUCUCUUCAAAGAUGUCCACCAGUGGGUUCCUGCAGUCAACAACAAUGAUGCUUCAUGCACUGGGAUCACAUCCUAUCAGGCCCAUAAGCUAAGCAGACACAGUCUCUUCUUCCCAGAUCCCUACCUGAUUCCAGGAAUGGGGCUUCCAUCUUCCACAGCUUCUCUUCAAAGCUGUUUCACCCACUGAGCAAAGAAUGGGGAUCAGGGAGACCUCAGCCUUCCUGAGGGCCCUCACCCUGCAUCCUGACCCUGCCCACAGUGGGAGGCAUCCCCAGCAGACGCCAUGCUGUCUCCUAGGCUGAGAACGUGCCGCUCUCUCAGCACAGAACUCCCCUUUUUGGUUGUGCACAGUUGGUAGUUGAUGUUGCCCCUGCAGCCCAUGACCGGAGGCAUGCUCAUCUUGUACCUGGUCGUCUCUGUAUCCUGUAAGCCAGGAGCGGAGCAUGCCGUGGGCUAAAUUAGUAUCUGCUGCUUGAGGAGAACCUGUGGAGGGCAAGGGUAGCCUGGGCAGUGUGAACAUCAUACUUCAGAGCCAGCCUGUGUUCUCUUCUCCUUAGGGUCUAUCCCUGGAAUCCUGCCUGAGCUUCCUGUGUGGUCUUUACUACUGCAGCCUCCUCUUAGGCCAAUGUGGGGCUGGGUCUCACACAGACUUGUGUUUCCUUCCGCUCCCAGUUUCCACCCCGCCAGGGUGUCCUGCCAUUUUCGUUUCUGUGGGGGCAUUUCCAACUCAGUGGAUAAGAAACUUUUCUGUAAUUUCCAAAGGUGAUUAAUUAUGCAGAAAUUUUCACAUGCAAGGAAAACAAGAAUUUAAAAGAGCUAUCAACAUGAAAAGCCCCAACACUCUGCUGGGAUUUUCUUUCCCUCCCACAGUUGUCAGUGUAGAGCAAGUGAGGCAGAGCCUGGACUUCCACUCAGGUUAUGAUAACAGGCAGCUUGAAGCCCAGUUUCCCUUCUAUGGAUGGGACCACCGACUCUGUCCUCACAGGCAUGAGGUUAAAGGGGAGGAAGCAGGUUGGCUGGUGGCUGCCACAGAGCACAGCGAUCUCUGUUGCAUUUUCUCCUUUCUGUUUUACUGUUUCUUUAAAAAUUUCCAGAUUAACAUUUCUGUCCUAUAGCGACAGAGUGGGAUGUUUCCAGAGGUCAUAUGGCUAAACUUUAAAUAUCACCCUCCUUUCCCUUUUGGUAUUUGGGCCUCCGUGAAAAGUGGGAGUACAGAGGCAGAGGAGAAAAAUCUAGAGGUGCUUAGGGUAUGUGUCACUUCCAGAACAUUUCUUGUAGGAUAUGCAGUAUUUAGCGUAUAUGGGUACAGAAAGAUUCACAUGAGUGGAGCUGACCACGAGACUGCUGGGCCCACAGUAGUGAGACUCACUAUUGUUGAGGACACGUAGGCAGCAGAGAAAGGACUGGUAGUCUUGUGGGCCAGUGAAACCCUCCCUGACCGGAAGAGAGGAAUUAUCAAGUCGGGGGCUCUCACCUCUGAGUGAUUCAGUCACACAAGGGGCAAAGGACCCUGGCUGAUUCAGGAGGAAGGAACCUACGCAUUCCUCCCCCAUGGUUCCACUCAGUGAGUCAGGGCAUCAUCCCAUUGGGAAGCAAGCCACCACCAGGGACAGAGAGGUUUGUCACAGAGGACUCAGGAGCCUGGGGACAUCACUGCAGGAAUGUGUGAAUGUCAGCAGCAGCUGGGUUUAGGGUACGGGUGAGCAACAUUUAUUUGACAUUUACAGCGUGCCAAGCUUUGUGCAGGGCUCUUUCCAGCAAAGCGGGAGUGGGAAGGCUGGGAUGUGAGAUGGUAAGUCAUUUACAUGUCACCCAUGUGGUGCGACUGGAAUUUGAGCUCAGGAGGCCGGGUGGGCUGCAGGGCCCAAGAUCUUGAAUCUGUGCCACCUGCUGCUGGGCCGAGGGUGCCUGUGUUGUGAGCUAUGUGAGUGGCUACCAGAAACACUGAGCAGGCAUGAGCUUGGAUGCUGGAGGUAACUUUGGUGUUUGGGAACCUUAGCAUCUUGUCUGGACAGAGCUCCACCACCUAUUGGAAACAUACUUCAUUUCUCAUUAAAAUAGCAAAUCUCCAGCCUUUUGGUUGAUGUUCUACACACUCUUGAAAAAAAUCACUGAGAAUCCCAGGGGGGUUUGUUUAUAUGGGUUAAAUCUAUUAAUACUUCCUAUAUUAUAUCAAAGCCGAGGGAAUGUUUACACGCUAAUGAAAAGCUCCAUUUACAUUUCACUUUAAAAUAACAUCAAGAAGCACAUCCUGUGUUGCUUUAAAUAACAAUCUAUUUUGUUAGAAGUAGCUCUCAAAUCAAGCAACAAAUACAUGUAGGGAAGCGCACGGAAGAGUCUCUGCAACCCCUGGCAUCUCGCAAGAAGAUGGUUGGGCGGCUUCAGUUUUCAGUUUGUGGGAUUUUCACACCAAUCUUCUGUUGCUUCUCUGAGAAUAAGAAAUAAGGACUUCAUUUGGCUGGAGAAACAACCACCCUGAACCUCUCCCAGUCCCCCACUCCCACCCCAAGGCUUCAUGUGAUCAGCAGGUUGCUGGAAUCUAGCUUUAAACUGCUACCGUGGAUAGAUGGUGGUAAUCUUGGCUUGAGAUAUAGAUUCAUAUAUGUACAGUUCUUCCCAAGGUCUCUAAACCAAGACAGUGCAGGUAGGUGUGCCUGCCCUGUGCCUGACCAGCUCCGCAUGUUGGCACGGUGUGCCUAGGGGCUGUCUGGGAACAGGCACUUGAAGCCCUUUUGAGUGGACUAAGGACUAAGAAUACCAGAUUCUUGCAAUCACCCAGCAGUUGCUUACCUGGCUCCAUAUAACAGCUUGAAGCUUCUUGGAACAUGGGUCUGGGUAGAGGAAAAGCCUUCCCUUCCAGAAGACUGCAGCAAAGGAGUCAGACACCUUGCUGGAAAACCUGUCUACAGAAACAGGACAAAGGCCCAGAGAUCACCCCCCACCCCCGAAUUAAAACUUCAAACUGAACCACACUUAGCUACAAAUAAGGCCUGUGGCUGUGACAUUUCCCUCUUGUUCGUUAGACUGGCUGUUUUGUGAGCUGUGGCUGGUGAUUAGUUCAUUGGUGGGUCAUCAGAUGCUUUGUGGGGCUCAGAGGUAAGAGAUGAGUGGGGUGUCCUCAGCACUGAGGAGAAAGACAAGGGCAGGUGUCUAUGCCACAGCAGAAGGCCUGAGAGAUGGUUCUGGAAUUCCUCAGGCCGAGGUCUGGUGUGGGACCAGAGAAUCUACCGUGGCAAGGCAUGCUGCUACUGCUGCUGAUCUGAGGCUCACACUUGGAUAGCUACUGAUUAGGAAAAUGCUGGUCGGGUGCUCUAGGCUGGUGGUCAAUGCCCCUUUCAGGUCUAAAGAUUGAUUAAGAAGGAACAUGCCUAGAUCAAUGUUUCUGGGAUCGGAGCCUUGGGCUCAGCGUGUUAGGAGGAGGACAGGACAUGCUAUAGCUGGGCUCUGGAUUGUCGAGCCAGUUGGACAUGAUCACUAGGGAAGGCAUUGAGGUCAGGAAGUUAGUCAUGGGCAGGAGAAUAAGCAGGAACCCCUCACUGCUUUAAAGCAGAACUAUGCUUUGGGACCGAGAAGGGCUAUAAAAGUCGGGUGGCAGCUUCUUACUCACGGAGGACACUAAUGCUUGCAUGUGGCUGUGUGUACCUGUGACCAGAGUAUCUGAGGGAACAGCUUAAAGGGAGGAGACGUCGUUUUGGUCCACAGCUUGGGAUCACUCUGCUCAGUUUCUGGCCCCUUGGGGAGACAGUAUUAUGGGCUGGGAACAUGUGGCAGAAUCUGUUCACUUCAUGGUGGCCUGGAUAGAGAGGGGACAAGAUACAGCUCCCAAGGACACAACUCCAGUGACCCACUUACUCCAUCUAAGCCACAUCUCCUAAAGUUUCCAGAGCCCAAAAUACUCCCACCAGCUAGGCACAAAGGUUUCAAAACAUGAGCCUUUGGGGGUGGGGGAAACACUUCAUUUCAAAGCAUAAACAUGUGGUUAACCAUGAACCUUCUUAGAUCCUUUCAGGGGUAGCCCAACCGCCUGUCAAAUCUGUGUCUUCAUUUUGUACAUAAAGAAGGAGACAACCAGUUGUCCAUAGGUUGACCUUGGCCUGAAAUAGGGAUGCAGUUGUUGGAUGAGUUAUAAUUGAAAAUGCAUUCCCAACCAGAGGGCUCCAGGGCAGUUAUUUAGAGAGAAGCCCUCCUUUCAGCAAUGACCUUCAGAGCAGUCUUUGUGCCCUGAGCCACUGGGAGGACAGCUGAUGUGUUCUUCUCUGUUCUUCCUGCUACUUCCUCUGUGUAGACGCAUCUUUGGUUGUCAGGAGGGAGUGUGGGGUGGGCUGGACUGAGAAGGCCAUCUACACUGCAUAAAUGGGUGUAUCUGGGUAUCAAACGAUGCCACCAAAUAUUGUCUGACUGUGUUUCUGAUGCCAAGCCAUGCAGAAGAGAGCCUCCCUGCCCUCUCUGAGGGGUAGAAUAAUUGUUCUUGUUCUCUUGAGGACAGAGGGCACUGGCCUCAGGCACCUCCAGAACCCAGCAAGUAUUUUAUCUCUUUGCCAACUCUAUACCCCUGUGGGUCUGAAAUACCCUACCUGGUUUCUUUGGACUGCCCCUUCCUGUGAAGAAAGUGUGGUGCCUGCUACAAUGUUUCUGAGUGGUCAGAGUGGAUACAGGAAGAAUCUCAGUAGGAGGAACAGCAGAAUGUUUAUCAAGGGCUCUUUUGAUGUAAUGUUAGAGGCUGCCAUCCCGGUUCACUGUCCUUGGAGGUGUCACAUGACCAUACACCUUGCACAGGGAGACCAAGUCAUGGAUGGCUGAAUUACAGCAUCAGGGCAGUUACAAUAUGGUCUUACACACUUUUCCAUGGUGCAUGGCACCUGCCCAGUCAGUAGAGGACCCACAAGUAGAGGUUCACAAGAAAAUGGGCCUGGCAAGACCAGCUUCAACAAGCAGCUUGGAGUGGUUCCCGCAGCAAGGGAAGGUUGCUGUGGCAGGGAGCUUUAUGCUCAGUGAGAUGCAAGCUUUGGGACUCCAUACUGUUUAAGGUCUGUGAUGACCUUUAGAGAUGACCAGUCCAGAGUCUGGGGAGAAGACUGCUGAGAGAGGUGGUCCCCAGACCUAGGUCACUUCUUCAUAAAACAGUGCCACCAGAUUGUAGUUGAGCCAUAUUGUACAGUAACAACAAAUAUUGUAUUUUAUGUUUUCAACAAGCACCAUUAAACUGUGCUCAGUAAUUCUUCCAUUGCACUUUAUUGGGCCUAGCAGAGAUCACUAAACUACAUUCAAAUCAGAUUCAAGCUUCAUAUGUGUGAAAUUCAUUUCAAAAUGGAGGCAGAAGUUCAAAAGCUGAAAUGAUGUAACAGGAAGGCAAGGCCACAUGGUGAGUGCACUAGGAGUGUGUGGGCUUCCUCUCCAAGUCUGGUUCUAACUCUAACCAGAUCCAUGACUGGGCUGAAUGUGGGCCUUGCUGUACACGAAAGAUAACCCAGCUAAGAAGGUUGUAUAUCAAAUGCUUUGUGCUCCUACACCACCAGGUGCAGUGACAGGUUCUGAGUGAGAGUGGCUGCUUUGAGUACAGCCUGCAACAGUCCUGAGUGUGGCUGCUGUGAGCCCAGGCUAGAACAGUCCUAAGUGAAUGUGGCUGCUGUGAGCACAGUCUAGAAUAGUCCUGAGUGAAUAUGGCUGUUGUGAGCCUAGUCUAGAAUAGUCCUGAGUGAAUAUGGCUGCUGUGAGCCCAGUCUAGAACAGUCUUGAGUGAGCGUGGCUGCUGUGAGCACAGUCUAGAACAGUCCUGAGUGAGUGUGGCUGUUGUGAGCCUAGUCUAGAAUAGUCCUGAGUGAAUGUGGCUGCUGUGAGCACAGUCUAGAACAGUCCUGAGUGAGUGUGGCUGCUGUGAUCCCAGUCUAGAACAGUCCUGAGUGAGUGUGGCUGCUGUGAGCACAGUCUAGAACAGUCCUGAGUGAGUGUGGCUGCUGUGAUCCCAGUCUAGAACAGUCCUGAGUGAGUGUGGCUGCUGUGAUCCCAGUCUAGAACAGUCCUGAGUGAGUGUGGCUGCUGUGAGCACAGUCUAGAACAGUCCUGAGUGAGUGUGGCUGCUGUGAGCACAGUCUAGAACAGUCCUGAGUGAAUGAGCGUGUUCUGAGUACGGUCUGGAACAGUCCUGAGUAAAUGAGCCUGUUGUGAGUACAGUCUGGAACAGUUCUGAGAGAAUGUAACUGCUGUGAGUACAGUCUAGAAUAGUCCUGAGUGAAUAUGGCUUCUGUGAGCCCAGUCCGGAAUAGUCCUGAGUGAGUGUGGAUGCUGUGAGCCUAGUCUAGAACAAUCCUGAGUGAGUGUGGCUGCUGUGAGCACAGUCUGGAACAGUCCUGAGUUUGUGUGGCUGCUGUGAGCACAGUCUGGAACAGUCCUGAGUGAGUGUGGCUGCUGUGAGCACAGUCUGGAACAGUCCUGAGUUUGUGUGGCUGCUGUGAGCACAGUCUGGAACAGUCUUGAGUGAGUGUGGCUGCUGUGAGCACAGUCUGGAACAGUCCUCAGUAAAUGAGCCUGUUGUGAGUACAGUCUGGAACAGUUCUGAGUGAAUGAGGCUGCUGUGAGCCUAGUCUAGAAUAGUCCUGAGUGAAUGUGGCUGCUGUGACCCUAGUCUAGAACAGUCCUGAGUGAGUGUGGCUGCUGUGAGCCCAGUCUAGAACAGUCCUGAGUGAAUGAGCCUUUGUGAGUCCAAUCUAGAACAGUCCUGAGUGAGUGUAGCUGCUGUGAGUACAGUCUGGAACAGUCCUGAGUGAGUGUAGCUGCUGUGAGUGUAGUCUAGAACCAGGAGGCUCAGGCUGAUUUCUCCUUAUCUGAGCCUGUUAUGCCGAUGGAGGUACAAACCCAAGCCGGCUGCCAUAAGAAUGAUGAACAGGCAUUUGGAGGCCUAGUCUUUGGAACUUAGAUAUAUUUGCUCACACAUCCAAAUAUUUACUAAAUACACAGUUCGUUCUGGUCAUAGUUAUAAGUGCCAACACACUUUCUCAUGGUGUUGGCAAGACUGCCCCCUGAGUGGAGAUCUAUAACUGAUAGAGCUGUUGUGAGCAGCAAGGCUGAGGCUGGCACCCUGCUAGAGGCUCAAAGACAGAGAAGAGACUUGGUGGGAGGGCCUAAAGGAGUCCCCUGGCCCUGCAUGAACCAGGCAGAGAAGCCAAGGGACCAGUUCCCAGAAAAUGGCUUGUAUAAACCACAGGACUCGGCUCCUUUGUCCUAGAGAAGAACUUUUUCUAUGCAGUUGUGAGAGCUGUAUAUAUUUUAUAAUGCAGAAACUGAUAUGGGCUGGGGUGCCACUCCAAGACAUUAAGGAGAAGGCUCUGCUAAGAACAAGCACUGAUGAUUGCCCAGGAAGGGGAGUUAUCUUCUGUUAGCAGGAGUGAUUCUUUCUCUUGAUGCUCACCUCCAUGAGUUCCUGCCUCCUGCACAAUUGUGAUAUUCUCUGUGCCCGUCUUGGAAGGAAGAUAUUAGAGAGCAUCUGUUUGCUCAGCUCAGAGUCUGUUGACUCUAAAACAACUUGCCUGAGAGAAAAAUGGCCUAGUGUAUAUUUACUGUUGAAUGUAAUUUUCCUUAGGAAGUCUACAAAGCCAUUAAAGAUUAAUAGGGAACCUUAUUUUUGCUGUUUUAGGUUUGUUAGUAGGAGUGUAGGUCAUUAGCACUUAGGCAUUUGUUCCUCUCCACAUUCUAGAGCUCCUCUGAUGUGUCACAGGAAAGUCCACAGCCCAUGGAGCAGAGCUGGGGGCCCAGGCUCCACAGUGGUAGUUAGCACUAGCCUUUGAGAGUCUGGGGAAGAGGGAGGAGUUUUGCAAAUUAUUAAAGUUAAGAGAGUGUGCAGUUUUAAUUUUUCAUCUUCUGGGAAACCCAAAGAACACAGGGCUUGACUGAAGGAAGCAGCCAGCAUCUGGGAUAAUUUCUAGAAUUGACUUGGUGUUCGCAAAGCUAAUUAGAGUUCAGACAGACCCUUUGGCUGUAAGCAUCAUGGUAUUAAGUUACUGGUCUCUACACACCCUUCUGAAAUACUUGGCUCCCCCAUUAAUGAGCACAAGCCCGGAGGUCUGGUCUUCAGAUCAGUGCUAAGUGAACAGGAGCUACAGAUAGGAAUGUACUUCCUGCUCCUGUAUCUGAACUGUGAUCUCAUUGGUCUGAAGGACAGACACACUGAUGUCCUACAGUGGAAGACAAACUAGAGGACUUGCUAGAGAAAGACCUUAGGGCUCAGUGGUAGGAAUGACCCUGGCGUCUGUCAUGACCUUACCGAGUUUGCAGACUUUGAACACAUGGAAUUAUACACCAAGUAUUAGUAGAAUUCUAGACAUAUAGGGGUGGCCAUCUGUAGCAUUUCAGAGGUCCAAAGGUCCAUGUGGAGUCUCUGGGCUGGCCCAGAGAAGAGAUGCAGACACUGGUGCUCAUGGGUUUUUGCAUAGGAAAUUAGGAGCUGUUGUGAACAGGUACAAGAUGUCAGACAUGCCUUACCCCUUCGCCCUAGCUGAUGGGUUUGCUGUCCUUCAACUGCAUGGGAAUUAGGGUUCUUGCCCCAAGUGUCAUGGUUAGUAAACAGCUAAAUUGAAAUAUACUUUCUAAUCUGUCAAACAAUUUGAUAUUCAAAACUUCUGCUGUUUAUGUUGCCCAGGGUGUUUGCUUAACAUGUUAGCACAAACCUGAUGGCUUUAAACAACAAGAACAUACCCUCUCACAAGUCUGCAGGUCAACAGCUCACCAUGGCUGCACUGGGCUGUCCUUGGGGUACUUGGUGGGCUGAGUUCUUUCUGCAUGCUUAUGCCUUGCUCUCAUGUCUAGAUUUCUUGGCUCAUAGGUCUGCCUGUUGUCUGUCUGUCUGUCUGUCUGUCUGUCACUCUUGUCCUUGACAUUGUUGCCAUAUCCUUUCCCUUCUCUUCUUUUUAUCCCUUUUCGUUCAACCACCCUUCUCAAUAUAAGAUCUUACUGUGUAGCCCAGGCUGGCCUUGAACUUGAAGUCUUCCUGCCUCAGCUUCGGGAAUUCUGGAGUUGCCAACAUCCCACUACACCUGGUUUCUACUGUUUCCAGAGGCAGCAGGAGCCUAUGGAAUCUCUGUCACAGGGCAGCCCACUUCUACUUUUAAGGGUCUUUGUGAUUGCCUUGGUCCCAUCAGCAAAGACCCCUUCUCUGUCAUAAGCAAGGUAGCAUUCUCUCAGGCUUACAGAAUUAGUGUGUAGACAGUGUUAGGAAUCAGAAUGGCCCAUGGGUCAGUGUGAUGGUUUGUAUAUGUUCAGCCCAGUGAGUGGCACUAUUAGAGUAUAUGGGCCUGUUGAAGUAGGUAUGGCCUUGUUGGAGUAGGUGUGCCACUGUGGGUGUGGGCUUUAUGACCCUUGUCUUAGCUGCCCGGGAGCCAGUAUUUCUGCUAGCAGCCUUCAGAUGAAAAUGUAGAACUCUCAGCUCCUCCUGCACCAUGUGUGCCUGGUUGCUGCCAUUUUCCCGCCUUGAUGAUAAUGGACUGAACCUCUGAACCUGUAAGCAAGUCCCAAUUAAAUGUUGUCCUUUAUAAGACUUGCCUUGGUCAUGGUGUCUGUUCACAGCAGUAAAACCCUAACUAAGACAGUCAGCAUGAAUGCUUUCACAUGUGAUCUCAGGGGUCUCCAUCCAGUUUGAAUUCUUUGUGAAUUGCGUAAGACUUUUCUUCCUAGGGAUGCUUGAAAGCUCAGCUCCGUGUGUGUGUGUGUGUGUGUGUGUGUGUGUGUAGCUCUCACUCAGGCAGCAGGGCAAGUGUGCAUUCUGUAUUCUUAUGUCAGCAGCCCUCAGCCCCUCACUAAUACUCCCCUUGACUCCACUGUAUGGCAGCUACAGCUGAAUCUCUCUCAGUCUUGUUACUGAAGCAAGAGUAAACAUAAAUAAUUAAAUGAAGCUACAAUGCUCGACCUUUGCUGUCCAGAGUUCCUGAGCAGUUGAUGAUGUGAGAUUUCAGUUCCAAGAUGAAUGUGAGGCUGCUUCUGACAUUCUCCCCUUGAAGACACCAGGGCCUGCUGAGUUCUCUGUGAUGCAAAUUCAUGCCAUGUUGGUCUUGCGCUUUACAGUGUAGCUCUACUGGCGAGAGAUUGGUUGAACAUCUAGAUUCCUCUCUCUCUCCCUGUAACCAAAUUGUCACAAAACUGAUUUAUUAAUUUUCCCUGCAGAAAUAUCAAGGGCUUAAGAGCUAAGACUUACUCUAAAGGGUUUUAACAUGUUUGUCACCUGCGGUUAUCCCGGCAGACAACUGUUGGGUGGCUGAGAGCGUAUGAUUGUUUCAUCAGCCAGAAAGCCUUCAAUUUCUCUGCUCCUUCAAUUCCUUCUCUUAAAAACAAGCACCGAAAAGCUAGAUUUUCUGCGCUAAUAGACAUACUGUGGCAGGGGCAAUACAAACAACUCUAUUUGACUUGGAGAUGCAGUGCAGGGCUGUCUGUGCUCUCUCUGUGCUUCUGCUAUUGUCUGCAAUUUGUUUAUCGUGCAACUAUCAGUUUGUGCAUUGGGAGGAAUCAUCUGUGGGUAGUAGAGGAGGGAGCCCCUGCUGAAGAGCAAACCUGGGAUACCAGAUCAGAGGCUACUGAAAGCCCCUUCCUGGCUGGGAUGGAUUAGCUUGCCAACACCCAUAACUUACAUCGCAAAAUCACCAUCAUGAGGGUAGCUGUCCAGCCAUGUCAGCCACCUGGUGGAUGUUGACUGAUGGCUGUCAGUGUGCAUGCAAGGUGGCUUUCAGGAGGAAUGCCAGAAUUGAUCGGAUGCUGCCCGGACUUCCCUCAGAGGCCACUGCAGUGUGAUGUGAUCUGAAUGGAUAAGGAUAAGGUUGCAUUGCCCUGUAGCCUGGCUUGUCAGCUCCACCUGGACAGUUUCCAACAACAGGAGACAUGGGGGGAAAGUGCAAGAUGCCCCUGUAAUGUCUGAUCUCCUUCCUCUGACUAGGCUCUGUAGAAAGCCCUGGAGGUUGAACAUGGAGUAUAGGGAGGGAAGCCUGGACUCAUAUACUGAACCCUUGCCCUUGAGACCUGCCAAGGAAGCUAAGGGGACAGAAAGAACCAGGAUAGCCCCAUAUUUUAACCGAUGUAUUGAAGCUUCUGAAAUACCAUGAUAAAGGUGAUGAAAAAUUUGGGGACAGAGAUUGAGAACAACUUAACCACGGAGGCCUCCUUGAUUCAGGAGCACAGGGAUAUCUCAGACUUUUUGGAUCUAGUAGUCAACACGUGGGCACAGUGGGUGACUUACCUCGACUGAAUCAGUUCCAGGUUUAAUAAUCUCACUGUGAAUGACAACUCAGGGUAGAGGCGGAUGAACUCAAGGUGCACGAAGCUUUAGUCUUUUCAGCAGGGGGAUGUGUGCAUCUGCCCUGGGACCUGUGCCGCAGAGAGGCUAUGCGAUGUGCUUGGCUCUCACGCUCAUUCCUAGGCACAGGUGGACUCAGGCUCAGUCCUAUAGUAACAGUUCAGUUCCACAGCCUGCCCCCAGGAAGCCGGUGUGGAGGUAGAGAGACAACACCUCCUGCAGAAUGUGCUGAAUAUAGGCUCUGGCUUUCUGAAAGAUCCUUCCCAGAUGUGCGCUCCAGUAGGCUGUUGGAGCACAAAGGCUAAGGUAAUUUUCUAAAAACAGAAGGAGGAAAAAAUCUGUUUUGUGUCACUCCGUCAGACAAUUACAUCGCAGUGCUCCAGCAUUGUCCUCCAUGGGCUAAUAUUAGAAGCUUUGUUUUUCCAAGAUGCUUUCAUUCUGCAUGAGCUGUUAGGAGCAGUAGCGAACUUACUGAUACUUAGCCAUUGAAAAAUAUGCCUUUUCCUCUUCCUCUCUUCCAUAAAGCAGAUUUACUUGAAAUAUCUUCAUCCUUCUGAUUGAGAGGUCGUAGGGAACUCCAUAAGGUUCUUGGAUUACGGACUUUUCAGUUUUGUAAUGGUCAACAUUGAUGCCACUAGGUUUACAGAUGUUGGUAGGCUGUUAUGUGUAUGUGGCAUGAGGCCUGUGGAGGAAAGUUGUGUUUCUGCACUUGGGCUUGCUGUACCACCACCACCACCUCCUCCUUCUCCUCCUCUCCUUCUUCCUCCCCCCUCCUCUUUCCCUCUUCC